GUUCAGCAUUUAGAGAGAACAAAAUACUAAUACAAUUUCUUUAGCAAAGUGAAUGCUCUAAGCUAGAAAAAAAUACACAGCUGCAAAGUACUCACUAUUUGUUCCAGCAAAAAAUGGUCACUGUCGAGGAGCUCCGUCGGGCACAACGAGCCGAGGGGCCAGCCACCGUGUUGGCCAUCGGAACAGCCAAUCCUUCCAAUUGUUUUGAUCAAAGCACUUAUCCUGACUAUUAUUUUCGUGUCACUAACAGUGAGCAUAAGACGGAGCUUAAGGAGAAGUUUAAGCGCAUGUGUGCUGGAUCAAUGAUUAAAAAGAGAUAUUCACACUUAACAGAAGAAAUCUUGAAAAAGAAUCCUAAUAUUUGUGGAUACAAGGCACCUUCCUUUGAUGUUAGGCAAGAAAUAGCAAUUGUUGAAGUGCCAAAACUUGGAAAAGAUGCAGCCCAAAAGGCCAUCAAUGAAUGGGGUCAGUCCAAAUCCAAGAUUACUCAUUUGGUCUUUUGCACCACUACUGGUGUGGAUAUUCCUGGGGCUGACUGCCAACUCAUUGAACUUCUUAGGCUUGGUCCAUCAAUUAAGCGACACAUGAUGUACCAACAAAGUUGCUUUGGUGGUGGCGCCGCUCUCAGAUUGGCCAAGGACUUAGCGGAGAAUAAUAAGGGUGCUCGAGUCCUUGUUGUUUGCUCAGAAUUAAUGAAUGUGAUGGGCUUCCAUGGCCCAAGUGACACUGACUUAGAUGUUUUGGUUGGUCAAUCCCUCUUUAGUGAUGGGGCAUCCGCUGUCAUUAUUGGAUCAGAUCCUAUCUUCGAAGUGGAAAGGCCUUUGUUUGAGCUUGUAUUCGCAAAUCAAACUCUUCUCCCGGAUAGUGGACAUGUAAUUUAUGCUAAACUUAGUGAGGCUGGAUUGAUAUCCCAUAUACAUAAGGAUACUCCUACCUUAAUCUCAAAAAAUAUCGAGAAAAUUUUAGUGGAUAUAUUUCGGCCAAUGGAUAUUUUUGACUGGAAUUCAAUCUUUUGGGUAGCUCAUCCAGGUGGACGUGCAAUUUUGGAUCAAAUUGAACUAAAGUUGGGCCUAAAGCCUGAAAAAUUCAAGGCUACAAGACAUGUCAUAAGUGACUAUGGAAACAUGGGCAGUGCCUCUGUUUUGUUUGCUUUGGAUGAGAUGAGGAAAGCCUCUAUUAAGGAAAGGUUGGGUAGCACAGGUGAAGGCCUUGAGUGGGGUGUGCUUUGUAGUUUUGGGCCUGGAUUAACAAUUGAGGCAAUCGCCCUUCGUAGUAUCUCUAUUUAAGUUAGGAUUUAUUUUGUUUAUCGAUUUAAGUUUGAAUUGCCUCUUUGCUUUACAUUCUUUUUAUUUGCUAUUAUAUACUUGUCGUUACUAUUUCACAUUACAAAUAAUGAUACUCUUAACUAACUAAAUCAAAUAAC